UAUAAAGGCGGCAUCGCUGCGGUAGUGAGUAGUGACAUUGAGGCGUUGUGAUCCGGAGAAACAAAUAAGAGCAGGCGCCCUUUGCGCAUAAUGCAUCCAUAAAUCAGCCAGUGUUUUCAUUCACUCUGAGGAAAGGAAAGCACUAACGUUCAUUCGCUUUCCUCCUGCUCGACGGUUCAUCACUUUUAAACAGAACGGUUGCCUGCACUUCGCGUUACCAAAAUGAUCGCACGAGGAUGCGCUGCUGUCGUGUUGCUGGUGAAUUGUGUCUUCUCGGUACCUGUCUCUCCAGGUCACAUGGAUGAUAAGGAUGUGAAGGUGAUGAUGUGUAUUGUGGAAGUAAUUGCAGAUGCUCUGUCCAAGUCUCAUCCCAUCCCAGUGUCCCAGGAUUGUCUUGAAACCCUCAACACUGAUGACAGGCUUGUGAGCAUCCUGCGCCACCGCAACUUUCUUCAAGAGCUGCAAGAUAUCGCUGCAGAAGGAGCCAGUGAAAGAGCACAGAAACACCCAGGAGACACACCUGAUCAUGUGACCAGCCUCUCUAGAGACAUGAAGAAAACUGCAGAUGAUCAGUCAAUGUUGGUUGCCAUGGAUAAACCAGAAGAAGAUGCACAGAAGAGAGGAGCAGGAGAGCAGAGCUCCAGAGAGAGUGAGGAAACAGAGCAGGAGUCUCAAAAACGGGACCAGAUUGCUGAGGAAGAGGAGCGUGAAGAAGAAGAUGAGAGUCCUAGCAAUCACAUUUCCAACUUCAUAAACUCAGAGCAGAAGAGAGAGUCACAGGAGGAGGCAAAACAAGAGGAGAAGAAACACUCCAGCUUGGAGAAGGAGAAGGAGAAGGAGAGGGAAAUUGUUGCGGAUUACCAUAAAGAUGUUCCAGCCACAGAUGAUCAUGAAGCUAAUCCCGAUGUGAAACAGUCCAUCAUGGAGGACAGUGAGGAGAAUAAGGGAGCUGAAACAGAGAGAACACAUUCAAAAGAAGAGGAGGGGAAGAAAAGAGAGGUUGGAGUAAAGCGCUGGAGUCAUGUGAGAAAAUUGUCCCAUAAGAGAGUAGAGGCAAGCCCAAAACUGGAUGAGCACAGGGAAGCACCACACCACUCUAAGGAGAGAGAUGAUCAAGAGGGCGAGCUGUGGAGAAGCCCAGAGGAGCAGGAGCUGCACCUUAUGGCACAAACUCAUGCACAGGACAAAAGAGACGAAGAAGGCAGCGGCGGCAGAAAGACAGGGGAUGCUGAGAUUGAAAGUCUGGCUGUCAUUGAGUCUGAACUGGAGAGUGUGGCUCAGAAACUUCAUGAUCUGAGACGAGGCUGAGCCGCUCCAGCUCUUCUCUUUCCACUUUGCCCUUCAUCUCUCCUUCAGUAGAAAGGCAUGUUAACUGGAGAUGAGGCUCUCACCGUCUUGCUCAGUCCACAGCAGCGCAAGCUCUUAUCUCAGUGCCGCAGAUUCUCUGCUCAUUCCCUCCAUGUGUAAAAUAUGAAACCUCAAAGUAACUCCUCUGAUGUCAAACAUUCAGAGGUCCAUUCACUUUUUCUCCCAGCUCCUCCGCUUUGCUUUAUUAUGCUAGCAUCCUGAAGAAAUCUGGGCAUUUGAGUACAUUUAAUGUAAAGUUUUAGUCACUGUCAACUAUCACACUAGGUUAAAAUUUUAAUAUACAUAAGGAUACAUAUCUGAAAGGUUGCUCCUGAUAUUAUGGAGUCUUAUGAUCCGUCGGCAAUAAUGUUUUUAUUAGAUAUGGUGACACUGUAGUUAAAUGCUUUUUGGGAUUCAAGAAAAUAAAUAAAGAAAAAAAAACUGAAAAAAGUUUCAAUCUGGUUCCAUGCAAUGUGCAAAAAAAAAUAAAACAUACUCAAGUAUGAGUCCCAUACAGCAGAUAAACAAUCAGUCAAAAAUUCUCAAUGCUUAAGUUUGGUUUUAUUGUCCAUUUCAUUUCAUUUGUUAUUUUAAAGGCUUUUUUUUCUGUCUCAAAAAGAAAAAAAUUCACAUAUUUACAAAUAUACAUCAUACACAAGUAUAACACAAUUGGCAUAAAACAGACUAACAAACAAAUUACACUGUCAGAACGGCAAAUUUAACAUUUAUCAAUAAAACUGCAUCCAAAAUGCAAAUUCUGUUAUCAUUUACUAACCCUCACGUCUUUCCAAACCUGUGUGAAUUUAGUUUCUCUGUGAAACAUAAAAAAUUUGAU